UUCCAUCAGCAGUCGGUAAAUGAGGUCAGAUCAAAGGCGCGCAUUUGUUCGUUAGUGCGCACUCAGUACCGUCAAUUCGGUGUAUUCGUGCGUUUGGACCGUUUGCAGUAAAAAUGAGUGAAUUAACGGAGUGGGAUAGAGAUAAAUGUUUAGAAUUAAUCGAUCAGUAUGAGAAAUAUCCCGUAUUAUGGAAUCCUAAACAUGGUUUAUAUUACAACAAAACCAAAAAAAAUGAUGCCUGGACAAGUAUUGACGAAAUAAUGGGAUGUUUUGAAGGAGAAGCAAAGAGGAAGAUGGACAGCAUACUGUCUAGUUUCAGAAGAGAAAAGGGCAAAGGGAAGAAAUCUGUGGGGGCUGGCAAAGGCAGACAUAAAGUAUAUGUGUCUAAAUGGUUUGCAUUCUCACGUUUGGCUUUUCUAUUGGACAGGGAUGAACCAAGAAUGACAGGCGAUUCCAUAGAGGUACCCGAUUGUGAAGACGAAUCUACUGAGUCCGUAUCUUCACCAUUGGGUGACAAUACAGACUUAACACAAUUGUCUGAGACUAGUUCCGUCUUAACUGCCAGUUCCAGUACUACAAUUAGAACUUCAUCUCAGGGAAGAAAAAGAGGAAGGGUGAUUGAUCCCCAGGAAGUGCUUUUAAACACAAUUGACGAAAAAUCAAGCCAGUCAACAAACUAUGAACGUGACAGAUUUACUGUACUUGGAGAACAUAUCGGUAUGAAAUUAAGGACUCUCGCACCCUCGCAAAGAAUUAUCGCCGAGAAAUUAAUUAAUGACGUUUUGUUUGAGGCCGAAUUGAAUAACUUAAACAGAAACUGGGGGUUGGUAGAUGGAAAUCCAAUAAUGACUGCACAUGAUAUGUGCGAAACAAGCUCUAAUAAAUAACAUAUAUACUUAUUUUAGACUGUACUAAUAACAAUUACUAUAUAGUUUUUUU